AUGUCCGGGGAUGUUUUGUUUAAAGAUGGGCUGUCUGCAAAGGAGUUGUUCAGUGAGGAAGCUGGUAUUACUUACAAUGACUUUAUCAUACUGCCGGGAUAUUUGGAUUUCCUCGCUAAGGACGUCGAUCUUACCUCUAGAUUAACUAAAAAUAUUGACAUAAAACUACCCUUUAUUUCUUCACCUAUGGAUACCGUGACUGAAGCUGACAUGGCCAUUGCAAUGGGCUUGUGUGGUGGCGUCGGUGUUGUUCACCACAACUGCUCCAUCGAUUAUCAAGUUAACGAAGUGAGGAAAGUUAAAAAAUAUGAGCAAGGGUUCAUAGUUGACCCCAUCGUGCUGGGUCCAAACAACACUCCAGCUGAUAUCCUCGCAAUUAGAAGAGACCAUGGAUUUAGUGGGAUUCCUAUUACCGAUACAGGAAAGAUUGGUGGCAAACUUCUAGGUUUGGUAACUCUCCGGGAUAUAGACUUUUUGGACGAUAGCCAAUUGGGUUGCUCUGUUACUAAGGUCAUGACACCGUUUGAUGCGCUCGUCACAGCAAACCACGGAAUUCAUCUCUCAGAAGCUAACAAAAUUAUGCAAAAAAGCAAGAAAGGGAAACUUCCAAUUGUAAAUGAAAACAACGAGCUAAUUUCUAUCAUUGCUCGAACAGACUUGAAGAAGAAUUUGAGGUAUCCCCUCUCAUCUAAAGAUUCCAGGAAACGACUUUUGGUCGGUGGGGCCAUCUCGACACAUGCUGAUGGUUGGGACCGCGCAGAGGCCCUCCUCGAUGCUGGGGCCGAUUUCUUGCUCCUGGAUUCUUCACAGGGCAAUAGCACUUUCCAGUUGGAUAUGUUAAAACGGCUCAAAUCGGCUCAUCCUCAUGUCGACGUGAUUGCCGGCAACGUCGUGACCUGCGCGCAGGCUAAGAACCUUAUAGACGCGGGCGCGGACGCACUACGUGUGGGCAUGGGCAGCGGCUCUAUCUGCAUCACUCAGGAGAUCACUGCUGUCGGACGCUCGCAGGCCACCGCCGUUUACAAGGUGUCGGAGUACGCGCGAAAUUACGACGUGCCAGUGAUCGCCGACGGUGGUAUCUCCGCGGCAGGCAUGAUUGUGAAAGCUCUCGCACUUGGUGCCUCAACUGUUAUGAUGGGAUCUCUUGUGGCUGGAACCACGGAAGCCCCUGGCGAGUACUUCUUCUCAAAGGGAUUCCGAGUCAAGAAGUAUCGCGGUAUGGGUAGCCUCGACGCCAUGUCUUCCAACCCAUCGAGCCAAAAUCGCUACUUUUUGGAAGAUGAUACAAUCAAAGUUGCACAGGGCGUUUCGGGCGCCAUCAUGGACCGCGGCUCCAUCCACCAACUGGUGCCCUAUCUUGCUGUUGGUCUGCAGCACGGUAUGCAACAAAUUGGAGCGCGCUCCCUCCCAAUCCUACGCGAGAAGAUGGCCAGUGGCGAACUGCGUUUUGAGCGCCGCAGUCAUUCCGCGCAAAUCGAGGGGUCGGUGCACAGUCUCCACUCAUAUGAGAAGCGUCUGUUCUGA